ACACACUGAAGCACUUGACUUGGUAUUAAAGACAACACUUCUGCUGAAAUGGAAAUCUGUGGAGAUAUCCAAGUGAGAGAGCUGAACAAUAGUAAUUCAGGUCAGGCGUUUGAGGUCAUCCUGAGUCCCUCAACUCCCGACGCCAAGGUGGAAUGUCCACUGUCCCCUCUUAAAAAGAAAGACAUGUCUAUCGAUGAUAUUAAGAAGAAGCUGGUGGCUGCUGAAGAGAGACGCAAGAGCUACGAGGCUGAUGUGCUGAAAACCUUGGCUGAGAAACGAGAGCACGGAAAGGAAGUCGUCCAGAAGGCCAUCGAGGGAAACUGCAACUUUAGCAAGAUGGUGGAAGAGAAACUGAAUCAGCAGAUUGAAACAUAUGAGGAGAACCGCAGCGCCAGGAUGGCGGCUCUCAACGAGAAGUUCAAGGAGAAGGAGAAGAAGCUGGAAGAAGUGAGGAAGAACAAGGAGGCGAUGAAAGAAGUUGAAAUUUAAUUUGAUAUA